UCCAACCGAGUACGAACGACGCACGUGCGUGUUCUAAUAGGGAAAAGCAUGAAGCUGCACGGAGAAGAAUGUCAUAGACGGAAAUGUGUCCGCUCACUCGGUUUCAUCCUGGCCAUACUUCUGAGAUGGCCAACAUCUACCGACACUACCAAUCCCUGUCACGGCUUGUCUCCCGGCUUGAUACCUCACCCGUGCCACGCAUCGGCCUGUCUUCCGUGUGAGCCCGGAUUUGGGGUCGAGCAAUACUGCAACGGGUUGCGUCCAACCGUCUGCAAGCCGUGCAUGGCUGGAGUCAACUAUUCCAGCAGUUCGGACGUGUACAAUGAAUGUGAGAGUGUAACUCGAUGUAUGUUCAAUGAAAUUGUCGACAGCCCAGCAACGACUACUACUGACGUUGUCUGCAAAUGUAAACCCGGAUAUCAAAAGAUAAUUAUCAGCGGAGGUAUUCGAUUUUGCGAGCCCGUGGUUGUUUCUAUUGUUACUCCGACGGGGAGAUCGGCCCGCACACCAAUUACUGUCACAUCUUUGUCUCCUCGAGUCUUUUCUCGUUCAACGUUGCGUCCUAAGAAGACUCACACUACUUUUUCUCGGCGGACUUCUUCUUUACAACACACCAGUACUUCGUCUGGAAGGCUGACUUCUGCUUCUGCAACGAGUGACUUGCUUGAAAAGAUGUCGUCGAGGCCAACUAGUAGAGUGGUCACCCUACCGAGCAACAGGAGUACUGCAGAUGUGUCUGGACAGAAUGCUGGUGCAUCGAGUGCCGUGAUUGCUGCUGGUGUUGGCGUCGGUGUUGUGGUGCUUGUCACUGGGUUGGUUGUGGCUGUGGCUUGGCGCUACUGUCGACAACCUUUUACUACAGAUGAAAGUGGGCAGCGUCUUGGCGGAGAGUCCGAUGGGAUAAGUGACAAAAAUGAGGUACAUUAUUGUUCUGUUGGCUCUUCGUACGCCCUAACAGCAGACGUAGAUACUUCAUGUUGGCGUUUGCCGUGGAGAACAAGCGGUUUCUUUUGGCUUAAAGACGGUGCUUCACUGCAGUCGUCCUAUCGAAUGGUUGUUCAAAAUAAUUCAGUUACGUUUGCCACAGUAGAGGUUGCUGAUGCUGGUAAAUACAGCUUUAUCAACAAUAGCAACACAAUCCAGCAAGAGAUUGAAUUUCUAGUUAAAGAGGAUCUAGAGCCGUAUUACUACCGAGAUGCGGGCUCAGCAAUCACACUGAGCUUCGUCGUCCACGGCAGCAACAGCACGACAUGGAGAUAUCAAUGGCACCGUGAAAGCGGCGUCUUUGACUCUAGCAGCGUCGUCCACUCGGGAGAAACGACACCGACACUGACAAUCUCCAGAGUGUCCGGCCAAGAGACAUACUGGUGCGUCGCUAGCAAUCCAGACAAAGGUCUGACGCUGGAGUCGUCGAGAGCGUCGGUCAUUGCUGAUGGCUCGGAUGAGACUCCCAGUCCGCGUGAGCUGGGUCGUGAAAUUGCACAAAGAUUGAAACACGCCAACGAAGAGCGACAACAAAUUGUGUGUAUGGAAAAUCUUACGCCGCAAAUAAUGGAAGGUCUGGCAAUAAAGAUGCAGGCGAGAGACUAUCCCAUGAGUUUGAGGUUGAUCGCAGAACAAGUCGGCGUAGAUGAUGAGAAACUGGAGAGUUGCAUCAGCACGAACAACGAGCCGGCUCGCUUCAUCUUGCAAGAACUACGUAGCCAUCAUCCUAGAUACUCUCUAGCAAAUCUGUGCUUUGCAUUCUUGGCGAGCCGUCGUCCCGAAUGUGCACGCAAACUCUAUACGCUCGUGAUACAAGAUGGACGAAGUUUUUCUCUCCCCGACUGGAUUACUGACGACGCCUAUCCAGAUAUCAGAGAUGUCGGCCAGACAUUUUCAGAGACAACAUUGACUUCUGAUCGUGUUACAUUGAUUUCUGAUUGUGUUGGCAAUCGCUGCAAUCAUACUCAAUCGUGUGUUCGCGAGUCCGGACAAUCUGAGGGGAUCAACUCAAAAACGACGCGUUGCGAUGCUCGUGAGCGUUGUGAAAGUUUACGCCCGUCGACUCCACCCCGGUGCAGUUUGGCAGACGAAGGUAAUACGGAUUGAUGGAUUUUGACGAGAUGUUUAUACCCGGAUGUGCUUGAUCUGAUCACUUGCUAGAAUUUUGGGACUGCAAUAUGCUCCUACAUGUUUCGACUGCAUUAGAUUAGCAGACUGCAAUUAGUCAUAUGGUUUGGUUGAUGUUACGUAUGUUUGUUCGUAAUUGUUUGUGCGGGAACUGCAAUACUUGUUGAUAUAAAAAGACACUAGAGUGCUAGCAAGUCUAAACUGAGAACCAACAGAGAGUAAACUGACAG